UUAAAUAUGUCAUACAGAUAUAGUCAAAUACUGCAUGACGGUGAUUGGAAGAGGAAUAGUAUCCCAUCGGGUCGACAGCUUCACAGGUCUCCUCUGGUUAAAGACAAAACAGACAACUUGGAUUCUUGCAGCGGAUAUCUGAAUGCAGAUUGUGUGGAGCCACAGACACAUAAAAGUGAUGAUGACAACAGGUCAAAUAAUUUCAACAGCCCUGAGACCAAUCAGGCCUCCUUCGGAAAUAUAUUAGAAGCUCCUAACUCCAUGCUGAAAGGAAUGAAAGGGUAUCGGCUAACACCUGAGGAUGAGGACUUUAUUAAAAAAUUGAUGAUAGAAAAAGAGGUUAAAAAACUACAGAGAGACCUGGAGGAGGUUCAGAAGUUGUUAAAAAGGGAAGUAAUGGCCUUAGAGAUGAGUCUGGCAUCAAAGGAUAAAGUACAAGCUGAACUGAACCAGCUGCCAUCCUGCGAAGCGCUCACCGAGUGGGCGAAGGUGAUAGUCGAGAUGACGUCACCACUGACGGAGGUAACAGACAUGGAUGCCAAGUCUCUGCUGGCCAUGUUGACAAAAGAAAACAUCCAGAGAGCCACAGAGGAGAAGAAACUCGAAAUACGACGGCUUGAGAAGAUGGUUAAAAACAAGAGACGGAAAGAGGCUGAAGAGAGAGGGCAGCUUGAAAAACAAAUUGCUAGUGAACGGGAGAAGAUGCAGGGAUUAAUGAUCGAGCUAUCCAGCCUGAAAUCUGAAUUUGCACAACUCGAGGAAGCCAAUAAAGCUCUUGAAAUGCAGAUGAGCACUGAAGACUGGCCAAAACUCAAAGUGAAAGCAGAACGAGUAGAUACCCCAGAGAAACCACAAGCUGAUAAUAGCCAAGUGAAGCAGAAAGGCAGAAAAAAAGCUGUUAAAUCUGCUGAAAAGUUGCAGGAUACAACAAACCAAAGUACACCAACAAAAGAGGAGACUAAACAGAAGUCUGGAGCUGCUGGGGACAAGUCGACAAAGAUGGUAAAAGUAACCAGAGGGCGACAAAGGAAAAAAGAGCAAGAAUCAGUUUCCCAAGAGUCAACGGAGGCUGGGAAAGGGAGAAAGAAGCCCACAGGAAGUGUACGGACCACAGCUUCCCAACCGAGAAAUCAAAGAAAAGUGAAAACAGUGGAAAGGCAGCCCACAUUACAGUCCAGAGCUCCUAUUCAUGACAAAAUGGCCGCUGAAUCUGCAGAGGAUGAACACAACACUGGACUGAGGAGGUCAAAGAGGAUAGCCAAUAAAAAGUGA